AUCCAAUCCUGUCAAUUGUCUCGCCCUGAACCGAGGACAAUUUAGUUAUUUUUUCGUAAACAAAUAUGUAUUUUUUUGCCAACAAACAUUGCCAAAUACCGGUAUAAGGUCUUCUAGAUAUAUUAAACAGACGUCUUGAACUGGUUUAUAAAGGGGUCGGUUCUGAAAUGUAAUAACCUGCCUUUCUCCUGUCCGACAAGAGCCGCUUUCCACCGUAUGCGCAGCGGUUAGCGAACUAAUGAAGUCUUUACGGGAUGGAACAGCAAACUGGACUUUUAUCUAUGAAUUUGUAGGGAACGCUUGAUAAAGCCAAAUAUUCACAGCGGGCGCAGAGCUCCGGCCGAGGUAGGCCCAUGUGAUGAUGUUGUCAUCUGUUCCGGCUGUUCCAAGAGGUGGUCAGCAGAUACCCGGCACCAUAUCGGUGGGUCUGGUGGAUCCAUGCCCCCCUCUUUCCCAGUUGUACCAUGAACAACUGGCCACAGGGUGCAGAGAGACUAGCAAGGACCAGAAGACUGCUGCGGCUUGUGUAGGACCUCUGAUGUCCAUGUCUCUCAGACCAGCGGAGAGCAAAGCUAGAGAUGGUAAUCUUGGGAUGAGCUCUGGUGGGAGAGGGCAACAGAUCCCGGUGGAACGCAGGCAGAACGCUUUGGGCUCAGUCUCCAGUCUAAGAGGUCACGUCUAUGGGACUGCUGGCUCUGCCGACUUCAGAAGAGCAGAGAGACCAGUGUCAGACCAGGUUUGGAAUGUUCAAGGCUUUCAAAGACCUGGCAACAAUGGCAAUGUCUUGGUUAAUCCAAAACAACUAGAGCUUACCUCCAGAGCCUCAGCCAGGGCCUCGCCUCCGCUUCAAGGCUGCCCCCCUGGCCCUGCUCCCCCGGCCGGCCCCACAGGUGAGCAGCUGGGCAUCCUGGAGCGCUGCCUGGCAUCCCACCAGGCAGAGAUGAAGCGGCUGCUGACGGGUGCCCUGGGCACCCUGUGCCAGCGGCUACAGGUGGUGGAGAGAAGGAUGGAGGAGCUCUACGAGCAGGGAACCAAACACGGCAACAGCCUGGCCCUGCUCAACACCCAGGUGGGCCAGCUGGUGAGAAGGAUGACCGCCACCACCAAACAGGACUUGUCACCUCUCCAUGGUCUGGGAAUGGAACCAAGAGCACUGAAAGAAGAAAAGUUGGACUUCACCAAGCUGUUACCACAUGGUCCAAACCCUUCAUGCAAUAUGGGCUGCUCUGGAACAGACAAGGGGAGCCUCACUGGAUGUCAAUGGAGGAUGGCGACAACAUUUUCACCUAGCCACAGUCCGGCCCAGCGCUGUGAACACAAUGAGGGAUUUGGUGGGGAAAUGAAAAGGACAGAGUUGGGGCACUUCUUACCCUCUGUCGGAAAAGAUGUGGUCACAGAGUGGUGCAUGCAGGGAAACUACUCCCCCAUGUCGGACUCUGAGGAUCUGGACAUGGAGCUGGCUGGCGAGAAGGGGCAGGACGCUCCCACCAGGUUGGUCAAUUAUGCCCUGGUGGACACAGAGUCUAGUGACAGCCAGGAAGUGACCCUUCUAUCUCCUUCUUGGAAGGCACAAUCUGGGGACACUCAAGUGAACAGGAGAGGGAGUAUGGAGACACAUCCACGCUCUCCUCAUAUGCACGUCCCCACUCAAUCACAAGGCCAAUCCAAAAGCACUGAGAUCCCAACGUGUCCAAUUCCAAGUAAGGGUGGGACUAUGGCUGCAUUUUCUGAGGUGGUCCAGUUGAGCCCUAUAGGAGCUUGCUCUCUGUUGGCACAUUUCGUUAAAGUCGUAGGCUCAUCUAGGUCCGAGCACACCGGUAGAAUAACUCCAACUUAUUUCCAGCGAAGGAUCACCAGCCCACCUCGCACUGACCGCACGGCCUACACGCAGUCCUCCAAAGAGGCAGAGAAAGACCGGAAGCCUGAGAGGAAGAGGCGGAACAAGAGGGAAGCGAAGGCACACCCGGUUGGCGAGUUAGUCUCCACUGCCGCCGUGUCCAUCAAGGGUAGCUUCUCCGCCCAGGUACAGGACCAACCGCAGGCUGGUGUGGGCAGGGAGACAGCCGAUGAGAGGCAGUGGAGGCAACAACACGAGAGGUUUGUGGAGAGUAUAAGGGAGUCAUACGGCGGACAAGAAAAUCAGAGCCUUAGAUUAACCGUACCUACUAAUCAGCAACACUCUCCAUUGUGCCAUGCCCAAUUAAAAUCUCCAGACCGACUAUCGCCAUCAGGUUCAGUCUCUGUGCCGGAUUCCCGGUCUCCACCAUUGACUGGCUACAUGGACCCUCAGAAGGACACACGAGCCCUCCUGCCCUUCCAUUCUAUCAGCCCCUCUCUGGAUACCUCUGUGGCCUCCAAGUUCCCCUCUCCCCGAAAUGGCUCUUGUAAAUCUCUCAUCGUUGGUGUUCAAUCCACCCACCACGAGUGCCAGGCCCUCCUGCUCCAGCUGUCGGACACAGCCAACCACCUCAUAGCUGCCAGCCCCUCUCCGGAGCUCCCCUCACCCCCGGAUGGUGGUCAAAGCAGAAGGGGGAACCUCCCGCACUUCUUCAACUCCAAGCUCAAGCGCCACUGGGAUAAGGACCGGCCCUCCUGUAAGAAGCGGCAGCUAAAAGGCAUUAGCAGCACUGGUGGCGCUCUAGCCAUGACUCUCCUGGAGCUGCAGGACGAGACGUCGCAGCACCACUGGCAGUCACUGGUGAUUCUGGGCAGCCCAGUCUUGCUUCUUUCCCCCCUGCAGCUGGCGUCCCUAGCCCAGACCUUCUCCCGCUGUUGCAGCAAACUCUUGAACGGAGACACCUCUACCCUGCAGCGGGGUCUCUCUCGCCUACUCCGCACCACUGGUCAGUUCCCCAUGUCCCUCUUCAGCCAGACGGGCUUCUCUAAGAUCUCCAAGGGGGGUCUGAGCACUGUGCUGGCCGCCUCCUCCCCAACCUCCUUCCGCCACUGGUUCAGACACAAGUGCCCCGCUUCCCUCAUGAGACUGUCGGCCACGGAGGUGAAGACUGUGGUGUGUCAGAUCAUGGAGUCGCGGAAGAAGUACAUGCAUCUUCCCCUGCUGCCCCUCAAGGACUACACUGGCCCGCCUGGCCUGGGCAAUGACCACAGCACAUCUUUCACCUCUCCGCCCACACAGCGAUGUAGGGUCAGACUCACCCCAGAGCGGGCCCUUUCCCAAUCCAGAACCAGCCAUGGGCACAGCCCCAAGACCAUGCGUCUGGAUAACCAGCCUGAGCCUGUACCCAGUCUUGCCAUCGCUACUGCCAACGUCAAAUACCCAGGUCUGCAUGGGCAUGGCUGCAGCCCAUCCAGAGAGGGAGGUCUGUAUGAGGCGACUGUGGGGGCCCCGCCAGGCCAGCGCUCCAAGAGGGUAUCCCAGAUCCGCAUCCGGAAGACUGUUCCCAAACCAGACAAUAACCUCACGCCCAUGGGCCUGCCCAAACCAAAAAGACUGAAGAAGAAGGAGUUCAGCUUGGAGGAGAUUUACACCAACAAGAAUUAUAGAUCGCCCACUCCCAACAGGAGCCUAGAGACGAUCUUCGAGGAGCCCAAGGAGAAGAACGGAUUGCUGGUCUGCAUCGGCCACCAGAAGAGGAAGCGCGUGCUGGACUUCCCAGACUUCACACUGCCGCGCAAACGAAAAGCCAGAGCCAACCUGCUGCCCCUGCGCGUGAAGGGCCCCAGGGGCCGGAGCCGGAGGGGGAGGCCCGACGAUUCCGACCUGGACAUUAUGCUCAUCGAGAGGUUGAGCGAGCUGGAGGACUUCUUCACCUGCCAAGGCCUGGAGGACUGAGCAGUCCCUCAAUACCCUCUCCUUCACAUCCAAAUGCACAGGCUGUGUCCCAAAUGGCACCCUGUUCAGCAUAUAGUGCUCUACUUUUGACCCAAGCCCACUGGGUCAAAAGUAGUCUCAUUUGUGACAUGCUACACAUGCAUUGCACGCAGUUCCUCAUUCUCAGUUUUUGUUUGGCGCACUUGAAAUAACCAGCCAGUCACAUUAUUGUUUUAUAACUGCUAGCAUUUGAAGAGCUAGAAAAGAGCAAAGGCAAACCGUGACCAGCCCAGGCACCGUGCCACUGGCCAGCCCAGGCUCCGUGCCACUGGCCAGCCCAGGCUCCGUGCCACUGGCCAGCCCAGGCUCCGUGCCACUGGCCAGCCCAGGCUCCGUGCCACUGGCCAGCCCAGGCACCGUGCCACUGGCCAGCCCAGGCACCGUGCCACUGGCCAGCCCAGGCCAUUUGUUAUUGUUUUUGUUUUGAGGAAAUGAGCGUUCGGCAUCGUUAAAAAUCAAUAUAUUUGAACAUACUGUGCUGUUCUACUGCGCAUGCAGUGUUUGUUGUUUGAAGUAAAGUCUUUGUUGUAAUGCUUCACCGCUAUGGAUUCCAACUUUAAUGCCUUUAGUGGAAGUUUAAAGUCAAUCCAGCAAAGAUAUGAUUUUGUUGAUAGACUAUGAAUAGUGGUUGAACAAUCACUGUCUUCUUAGGAACUAAUAAUUGAAACAGAGAAUUUGGAACACUGAUACCUAAAUGUGUGUGUUCGUUCACACACAUGCACACACAUGAAGCUUUUGCGUAUGAACACUGUAGACUACACAAGCACAUGGGUGGCAAGUUCACCAACCCAUACCCGAGCACUUUCCUUCUUACCUUAUUCAGACCAUGUGACCUGUACUGGGAAAAACUCUGGGUUGUAGUUAAGGCCCAGAAUCUUUGUUAGGCAGGUGGUCGCAUGGUCAGGAAAAACUCUUGUCCCUAACCGUUUUCCAUUUGAUGGGGGUGUUUGAGGAGGUCGUGUGCACUGAGUGGUCCGUGCUUCUAGUCCAGUGAGAGUGUGGGCUGUGUGCCUGUAGUUAUUUUCCUAAUUCCUAUUGCUGCUAUACCCCCUACCUAGUAUAUUGCUAAAUUAUAUUAUAGAUGUUAUGUCAAAGUUCAGAACAUCAGUUUUAUUUUUUGAAACCACGUGAUCCGUAGUCAUAUGCGGUGCAUUGGGAAAGUAUUCAGACCCCUUCCCUUGUUCAAUAUUUUGUUACGUUAAAGCCAUCUACACAUUAUACCCCAUAAUGACACAGGGGGAAAAAAUGUUUUUUUAUACAUUUUUGACAAAAUUAUCAAAUAGACUGCCUUAGAUUGGAAGACCUAACCUGGUUGCCAGAUCUAUUUAUACUUAUUGCGUUAUCACAACAAACAGUCUGGCCUUAGUGCAAUCUCAUUUUUCACAUUGCAUAAUGACUGUCAAGAUGCAUUUAUGCUUUAUCAAUAUCCUUAUCUGGGAACCUAUAACUAUUGUUGUAGUGUUUGCUUACCACUGUGCAUUUUGUUAUGACAGCAUUUGUUAUGAAACACUAAUUUCAGGUGAAUAAUUCGUUUUUUGAACUGUGGUCAGUCAUCAUCACAUAUCAGACAGGUCUUGGUGUGGAUUUAAGU